AGCAUCAUCAGGCGCUGUUGUGGGUUUGGGCUGCUAUGGGGUUAUCCGUAGGGCUGUGUGAAUGCGCGCGCGCGAGGGUCCUUUUGUGGGUAUCCGCGCUGCGCCUCGAUUGCCAGCAAAUGACUGCUGAUGAUAUAUAUCCAUGCGUGCGCGCCCGACACACCACAAUUCCUCCCCAGCCCGGAGGCGUUGCAAUAAAAGGGAGAGGAGGGAAUCCUCCUUUUUACGCAUUGGAUCCAGCUGCGUUUCCUCGGUCGGGUCUCUUGGAUCGCGCGCAGGCCCCUUCCGAUCUUGGCUCCCUAUCCAGAGUGAUGGAAAAUUCCUCUGCGGCUUCUGCCUCAUCUGAGGCAGGGAGCAACCGUUCGCAGGAAAUCGAAGAGCUGGAGCGUUUCAUUGACAGCUACGUUUUGGAGUAUCAGGUCCAAGGCUUACUAACGGACAAGACAGAAGGGGACGGGGAGAGCGAGAAAACACAGUCUAAUGUCUCGCAGUGGACAGCUGACUGCAAUGAACAGGUAGAAGGCAAUCGUUCCUCCUCGAGAGGCAAGAACGUAGCACCUCAUAAUCAAAACCAGGAAGAGUGGGAUCACAGCAGCAGUGGCAGCUCAGGAUCCCAGCCUAGUUCAGGCUCCAGGCAUGGGUCUGUGUCAAAGUCUGGCGGCCGAGGGAGAAGCAGCCAGUUCAGUCACUCAACCAAGAACGGCAACAAAGACAAUUCCCUUGACAUGCUGGGAACAGAUAUCUGGGCAGCCAAUACUCUCGAGUCCUUCAGCGGUGCCACCUGGGACUUGCAACCUGAAAAACUUGACUUCACACAAUUCCACAGAAAGCUCCGCAACACCCCCAAGCAUCCUCUCCCACACAUAGACAGAGAAGGGAUUGGAAAAGGGAAGAGCGAGGACGGAGAUGGAAUCAACCUCAACGACAUAGGGAAGGUUCUCCCAGCCUGGCAGGGUUAUCACCCGCUGCCACACGAAGCUGAAAUCGCACACACCAAAAAAUUGUUCAGGAGGAGGAGGAAUGACCGGAGGAGGCAACGGGCUCCCGGGGGAAACAAGUCUCAGCAGCACCCAGAGCAUCAACAGAGCACCGCCAAACACAACAACAGGGAACACCAGAAGCCCUCGCAGGGAGGCCAGGCGCCACACUCCGCAGGCCGGCCCGGCCACCACGGCUACAGCCAGAACCGGCGGUGGCACCACAACCAGAAGCACUCGCCCAACGACAAGGAGACGCACAGAAAUGCCAAAGAGACUGAGAACCUGAAAAUCGAGGACGCCUCUGUCUGCACGGUGCACAUCCCCCUCGAGGUGCACCGCGGCAGCGAUGCCACGGACAGGCAGUCGCCGCAGUACAUCCAGGACCCGGAGAGCAGGCGGAAAGACAGCCUCCACGAGCGGAUAAGCGAGAGGCCCAAAAUCAACUUGCUCCAGUCUUCCAAAGACAGACUACGCAGGAGGCUAAAAGAGAAGAUGCCUUGUCUUUCCCUUUUCACGGAUCAGGACGAAGUGGCCGUGGAGUCCACCAACCCUCAAAAGAACAAAAUGGACAAACUAAUUGAAAUUCUCAACAGCAUGCGGAACAACAGCAGCGGGGUGGACGCCAAGCUCACCAACUUCAUGGAGGAGGCCCAGAACUCCACCAACUCCGAGGAGAUGCUCGGGGAGAUUGUUAGGACCAUUUACCAGAAGGCCGUGACGGACCGCAGUUUUGCCUCCAUGGCCGCCAAGCUCUGCGACAAGAUGGCGCUCUUCAUGGUGGAAGGCACCAAGUUCCGGAGCCUCCUACUCAACAUGCUACAGAAAGACUUCACCGUGCGGGAAGAGCUGCAGCAGAGCGACGUGGAGCGCUGGCUGGGCUUCAUCACCUUCCUCUGUGAGGUCUUUGGCACCAUGAGGAGCAGCACUGCGGAGCCCUUCCGAGUCCUCGUCUGCCCCAUCUAUACCUGCCUCAGGGAGUUAUUGCAGUCUCAGGACAUAAAGGAAGAUGCUGUUCUUUGCUGUGCAAUGGAGCUGCAAAGCACCGGCCGGCUCCUGGAGGAGCAGCUGCCCGAGAUGAUGAUGGAGCUCCUGGCGAUUGCCCGCGACAAGAUGCUGUGCCCCUCGGAGUCCAUGCUGACCCGGUCCCUCCUCCUCGAGGUCAUUGAGCUGCACGCCAACAACUGGAACCCCCUGACUCCCCCCAUCACGCAGUACUACAACAAGACAAUCCAGAAACUGACAGCCUGAGAGGGAGGCGGGGUUGGUGGAGAGCCAGGAGGAGGAAGACACGCACUUUAAAAACAAAACAGAAAGCAAAACACAACAGGAGAGAGAGAGAGAAGAAAGGAUUUGGGCAAGGAACUGAGCUACAGCAACCAGGGAAAGGACCCAGCGACCUUUUGUGGUCAAGAUACCUAAGACGACAAACUCCCAGCAUGCUUACGAAUAUGUUCAUGGGGGCGAAGCAUGUUUCUUUUCAGCCGUGUCCUCAAGUGCCAUCGCCACCCCACUCCCUCCGUGCCUGCCCUUUUUGUUCCGAGGCUCCCCUUUUUUCCAUCCCGCCCCCAUUGCUCAUUCAGCUCCACAUCCCGCCGGGUCAUUGUUUCGGUUCGAGAAAGAACACGGCGGAUUUGAAUAGGGAGCGCGGAGAGCCAAGCAGGGAUGGCUUUCACCAGACGCCUCCUGGCUUGCAGUGACCAACUGGCAGGAGGCAGAACGCAGCAGAUGUCUUUUGGGGGGACAAAGGCAGACACGUUCCACAGCAGACACUGGUAAUUGACAGCUUUUGUCAGGCAAAGAGACACCCCCCCUUCUCCCCCCCCUCCUUUCUUCUACUCCUCUUGUCUUCACGGUUUUGUCUCCUUCGCUUUCCUCCUGUCCCCGUCCCCCUUGCAUCCGACCCUGAAACCCCCAUUUCCAGAUUAGACAUUCAGAGGGGAUAAAAUUCUCUCUCUUUUUUCCCCCACCCAAAAAAGAAAAAUUGCACUGGGUAUUGUUUCUUUUCUUUUCCUCAUUGGUGUAUUAUUUUAUGCACAUUAUGUAUAGCAUAUAUCUUCUAUAUACAAACGGACGGACAAAUUGCUAUUUUGAGUUUUGGGAAGCAAAGAUAAUGUUACGACGCAAGCGGAGGGUCGCUUGAGGACUUCAGAAGUAGCGGGAGCGCAACCCCAAAACCACUUUAGAAGUAUUAUAGCCACAAAACCUCUUGCCGGUGGGUUCACAUGAACAGCCUGAUCCCAUGGCAAUUUCACCGGGACUUACUUUCCAGAUAAAAGCUCAAAUCCACACGUUGCAAUUGCUGUCAGAAUACACCAGUGUUGGUACCAGUUUCCUGGAGGGAACGUCUAACAUAGUGAUUUCAUACAAAAGUGUGGAAAUCAUUAAAUUGCCAUGUACACAAGUGUUUAAAGAAGCGUGUGCACGGGGACAGAGGAUAUCCACACGUUAAGAGUUCAGUACAAGAAACACUGGUGUUUCUCUCAGCAGUUGCAAUGCGUGGAUGGUCCUUAAUCAUGCACAGGAGCAUAGCUUAAAUGAAAUUCAGAGCGGUGCGCCAGAUUAUUUCAGAAACGGUCAGUCUGCAGCUAAUCUGUUGAAGUUGAAGGUGGGGGGGGGCAUUUGUCAGCUAAUCGAGAAGCAGCUCAGCCUUUGUGUUGGGGUUUGUGUGUUAACACUUUUCCUGCUUGCAAACGGCUUUUUAAUUCCAGUCUUAUUCCUAAUUACGCAGUUGAACCCUUACAGUUGAGCCUAGAAACGAGAAAGGGAAUCAGGGUGGGAAGAGGGGGAUGGAAGUUGUUCUUUGGAAGCCAGUAAAUAGGAGGAGAUGUGUAUGUAUGUAUGUAUGUAUGUAUGUAUGUAUGUAUGUAUGUAUGUGGUACAGUAUUUGAAGUUUUGGACAGAGACAGAGAGAAAAAAGGAAGGAAGGAAGGAAGGAAGGAAGGAAGGAAGGAAGGAAGGAAGGAAGGAAGGAAGGAAGGAAGGAAGGAAGGAAGGCUUUUGUGUUCUGACAAGAAGAGUUUCAUUUUUAUGGGUUGUAUCCAGUGUGAGUUAUAUUCAGAGUAAGCCCAUUGACACUGAUCGACUUAAGUUAGCCAUGUCCUUUAAUUUCAGUGGGUCUAGAUACAACCCAAUAUUUAUUUCCCCAAUACUUAUUGUGUUGUAGAGCCAUAGGGUUUUAGCUGAAACCUGCCACUGGUUAUUUCUCCCACUCUAGAAGUCCAGUUUUCUGAAUGAAUAAGCCACCCAAAGAGGAUUCUUUCUCUGCGUGAGAUGAAGUUUUUAGAUAAUGAUGAUGGUGUAUUAUUUAUACCCCACCUAUCUGGCUGGGUUUCCCCAGCCACUCUGGGCGGCUUCCAACAAAAUAUUAAAAUACAAUAGUCCUUCAGAUAUUAAAAGCUUCCCUAAACAGGGCUGCCUUCAGAUGUCUGUAGGGAGUUAGGGAGUUACGAACUCCUCAGCAGAAAUGGCUGCUGGCCUUUCGAUAACAGUAUCAAACUUAGUUGUGAGGCAGGAUGAGGCCUGGUGCGAGUCAUGGCACUUCAUGUUGUUAACCAUGGUUAAGGUUUACAUUUCAGUUUAUUAGAUUUGUGAAUCCCUUCCGACAACAACAAGCCCUGAAGCGAUUCACAAGAAGAAUAAAACUCAGUGGUGAAAACAAUGGAAACCUCCAGUCAUUGGGGCUGUCCUGAUACCUGAGAAAACCCAAAAUGCCAUUGCUUGGCACCGGUAGGUGGCAAAGUUGGUGCCAGGUGAGCCUCCCUGCAGAAAGCAUUCCAUCAAUGGGAGCUGCUGCAGAAAAGGCCCGUUCCCUCGUUGUCACCUUCUAGGUCUCCCUCGGAGGUGCCACACAGAGUCCUCAGUUGACAAUCUCAAGGUGUGGGCAGGUUCAUAUAAGGUUAAGGUGUCUCUUUAGAUUUAGGAGUCCCCGGACAUAUAUAAUGCUUUAAGGGUCAACACCAGGCAUCACCAAACUUUGGCCCUCCAGAUGUUUUGGACUACAAUUCCCAUUAUCCCUGACCACUGGUCCUGUUAGCUAGGGAUCGUGGGAGUUGUAGGCCAAAACAUCUGGAGGGCCGCAGUUUGGGGGUGCCUGGUCAACACCAACACUUUUAAAUGGACCGACGUAAAAGAUCAAGCAUGCAUAGGCCACCUUGGUUCCACUACACAGGAGUUGUCUCAGCAGCACAGACAGGAUUGAGGAUUCAGGAUCUAGGGCAGACAUUCCUCCUGGACCGGCCCUGUAUUAGCCCAAGGGCUUGAUCCUCCUGAAGACCCUUAUAUUGUGGUGUUGGUUUCCUUGGAAUAGUCUAGGCAUCCAGUCCUUCCAGUUCCACCAAAAGCUCAGGGAUUUUUCAAGCACCAUCAUAGGGAGAAACCUAAAGUGAGGACGUCCCAACCUAGAAGUUAGCUAUGAGCACAUCUCCAUUGCAGACUUCAAUCAACCUGUUUUUAACCGUCAUGGCUUUAGUCUUUACAUCCCAAGGGGAAAGUUAGUUCUGUAAAAGAAUCUCGCAGGGCCCACCCCUUUGCUGCUAGACUGGGUGAGGAACUUCACUGUCAGUGGCAAAUUUUGGGGUACUGUUAAAGAAGCGGCAAAUCUGGUUUUAAGCUCACACCCCCAAGGCCUAUUUGGUCCAGUAGCCGAUUUCACACAUUGGCCGCCCAGAAACCUAUGUGAAGACCACAAGCAGAAGGCAAAGGGCAAUGGCUUUCUCCAACAGCUGCUUCCCAGGGACUGGCAGAGGCAUGUUGCACCUGCCAAUCCUUGGUGCAGCAGCCAUCAUACCUGCCAAGUUGCUGUCCGAGAAAUAAGGGACCAGGCCAGAAGUAGCAGACCAGAAGUAGCGCUGCCACCAUAUUGGAACUGGGCGGAGCAUGCUCAGAA